AAAAACACAAAAAGAUCACUCAAUUUUGCAGAUAUGUGCUUUUCAUUACACUCCAAUUUUAUGAGGGGUUCCAUUACAAUGGCCCGACAGAAUGACAACACUUCCUGUCGCCAUGGCAAUGCUGGCGCCACGUAAUAAACAAAAGCUGUCAAAUUGUUUGAAGCCGGGCCCUUGUUAGGAGAGGCUGGCGGCGGCUGAGGGGCUUUGCGGACGUCCUCGCAUUUUGAGAGCGUCUGCUCACUGGAUCAGCGUUGUUAGGAUUGCUGGAUUACCUAUAUAAGGACGAGAAAGACGGACAACGAGGCUUCUUCUAACGACUUCACCGCUGCUCUGGGAAACUACGCUGCUUGGAAUAAUAACCGCACGGACGCCUGCUGCCUUUCGUUUUUGGACCGGCUGGAACCGUCGCUAACUUGGAAUACCCGCUGGGAAGAACAUUUGCUUGUUUGGAAACACUCUUGCAACAUUGGUGACUAUUCGCAGUUGUGGCUCAACUCCUCUGUUCUUGAACGCCCAUUUUGACAAUUUGACAAGCGUUAUUAGGUGCAGUUUUUUGUUGUAUAUUCACUGUAUUUUCUGAAAUUACUACUCCGUUUAGUUGAUUUAACCAUGUUAGUUCAAGCUAGAAGGUACGAUUAAGUUCAAUGCAUAUUUCACAGGUUUUACAAUUUGUCUGCUCGGAAAUAUGCUCGUUAAAUAUUUAGAUGAUACCUACCUAUUUUGUGUUAGCUUUUCUAUCGUGUUUGUGUUGUGUUGAUGUGUGUGAGAUCAACAGCCUUGUCGCAUUUUGCUGCUUUGAAAAAAGGGGACGUUAGUCUAAAUUCACACGUAACGAUACCAUCUUUCUUUGUAAAUAUCUCAUGUUUCAAUGUGUGGCUUUUACACAGCUGCGGCAUAUGUUUGUACCAAAUGCUAUUUCCUCGACAAAUGUACUGGGUGAGGCUUAUAACCAGGUGCGCUCUCUAGGCCGGGAAUUACGGUAGUUUAAUUUGAGAUCCCUUUUUUACAUUGAGGAAGCAAACUUGUUAUUUUUUUCACGUUUGUUGGAGAGACUGUUUAAGCAUGCACUGGAAAAUCAAGACCUCCAUUUGAGGAAGUACAAGUAUUUGGAGGGAGGCAUUACUGUAUACAUGAUACUGUGUCGAAUCGAGCCUUAAACAAACAAAUCAAUCUUGUGAAAUUGGAGGUGCACUUGAAAGAGGUUUUAAUGCGUCAAGCAGAUGAAGAGCUCAUGCGUCUCGUAAAUCAAUCUCCUCCCUUCAGACACGCACAAUGCUCGUCUAUCAGCAAAAUCAGCUUUUGAUGUUGACGCUCUCCCCCGACCUUGCCGCCGCAAGGCGCAUCCACAUCCCCCGCCACAGCCAAGUUACGGCAGCCACGUGCUUGGCUCACAUGGCCCGAGGCGCUUUUAAAGCUUGCUGACCCAUAUUCAUGAGGGGCUCUCGGCUUCUCCAGGUUUUCUAUUUUCAAAACAACGCAGGACUUGGCUCCGAGCCUGCGUCCAAAACGGAAUAAAAUACCGACAUCAAGUCAGACGAGCAUGUAGACAUCAACAAUAGCUAUAUUCUCUACCGCUGGCCAGUGAUAUUUAAGUAACAAAGUAAACAUACUAUAUUACUUUACUUUACGAGAGGUUUUAGGUAUCUGUAUUUUGAAUAUGUAUUUUUCUGACGUUUCACUUUUACUCAUAACAUUUGAAAAAAAUGUGCUUUCUAUUCCUUAUUUUGUCAAAAUGGGCUCGAUACUUUUCAACCUACACAGACAACAUGUUAUAAAAAUGCCAUCAAGCCAUCCAUUUUCUUAGCCGCUUAUCCUCACAAGGGUCACGGGGCGUGCUGGAGCCUAUCCUCACUCACAAUCACACCUAGGGGCAAUUUAGAGUGUCCAAUUAAUGCUGCGAGUUUUUGGGAUGUGGGAGGACACCGCGGAGUGCCCGGAGAAAACCCACGCAGGCACUGGGUGAACAUGGGAACUCCACACAGGCGGGGCCGGGAUUGAACCCGGGACCACAGAACAAUGAAUCCAACGCUUUCUAGCGGAUCCACCGUGCCGCCCCCAUCAUCCAAGCCGCUUAUCCUUACAAGGGUUACGGGAAGGCUGAACCCUAUCCCAUCCAGCUUCUAACUUGACCUUGAACUGGUCGCCAGUCAGUCGCAGGGCAGAUAUCCACAGGUGAAAAUGAACAAAAAUCCACAAUCCAAACAAACACAAAUUAUGGAAAUAAAAAAAAACCAAAAAAAAAACGCAGUGAGUGAAAGCAACAGGCCGCAGUGUCUGCGUGUGCAUGUGUAGGUGUGUUAAUGUGUAUUUGGAAGAAAACGUGAGCAUAUGGAAACUAUUAUACGUGGGCUGAGUCAGCAUGCUGGCACAUUUGUGUGUUUGCACGUGAACGCGUGGCGUUGUCUGCCACCUCUCGGCACCGAAUUCCAGCCAAGCACCACACCCGGCCUCCGCGCGCACACACACACACAUAUACACCUGGCUGAAAGAUUACGGAAAUACACACACGGGGCUUGGAGACGGAGGAGAAACAGCAGCUGUUACCCUGGCCUUCCUGUCCGGAUGGAAGUCAAACAUCACACACUGUAAAACAGACACACGGCAUCCUCUGUCCACAUGGAAGGCCUGACGGGCUCAAACGUGACACACUUUUCAAUGUUUGCGGAGCGAAAGUUGCGGUCAAAGGACUUAAAAUAGCCACAUUUAAAAAGGUAUGGAUAUGUCAUAAACAAAAAAAAAUAUAUACACACUAUAAAUCGAGACAUGAGAGCCAAAAACGACAGGUGAAAAACUGGUUACAGAUACAAAAUGAGUACCUCAAUAAAUAAAAUCAUCUGUAGCAUCUUUCCCUGCUCUAUAACUAUUAGAUUUAAACUAUGCUUUUUAUAUAAAGAUUUUUGGACAUUAGUGACUAUUUCUCAUAUACUAUGUAGUGGUUGGUUUUAGGAGAGCUACAUAUUGUAAGCAUCCAUGGGAAAAAAAAUGCAUACUUUGUAAUCCUUCCAUUUUCUUAGCCGCUUAUCCUCACAAGGAUCGCGGGAGUGCUGGAGCCCAUCCCAGCCGUCAACGGGCAGGAGGCGGGGUACACCCCGAACCGGUCGCCAGUCAAUCAUAGGGCACAUAGAGACAAACAGUCGCACUCACAAUCACACCUAGGGGCAAUUUAGAGCACAGGUGUCAAACUCAAGGCACCGGGGGGCAGAUCUCGCCCGCCACAACUAGAGUGUCAAUUUCAAAUUGUCAUAUUACAUAAAUGAUAAAAGUUGAGAUAUUACGAGCAUUUUUGUGUUAGCAAACGUGAAUAGUUGAAAAACACAUGACCCUUGAUUUCUGAUUCCAAAACUAGUUCAUAAAUUGAUGAUGUAGAUAUGAUGAGAUGAUUACAUAUUUUUGUUUCACAGUCAUAACGGCCCCUCUGAGGGAAACCAGAACAACAACGUGGCCCGCGAGAUUUAGAGUGUCCAAUUAAUGUCGCAUGUUUUGGGGAUGUGGGAGGAAACCGGAGUGCCCACCCGGAGAAAACCCACGCAGCCACGGGCAGAACAUGCAAACUGCACACAGGCGGGUCCUGGAUCGAACCCGGGACCUCAGGACUGUGAGGUGAACACUUUCCAGCUGAUUCACCGUGCCGCCCCUUUGCAAUAUUAUUUUCAAUUGAAUUAUGUGCAUGGCUUGGCCACAUGGAGGCAGUGUAAUACAUACAUAUAUACAUGGAGACAGUCACAAGUCCGAAAUAAGCUGCAAUAAUAUUCAGUCAUUCUCUGUAGUAGAAAAGAGAAAAGAAUAAGUCCAACACAUCUUUCUACAUGUGUUGCAUCAUCAUUUGUGUUCAAGCAUUAUAAUGCUGCAACACUGAUGCUAAUUCAUUAGCGUGUCUAAGGUGUUUUCCAUUGUUUGUUAGGCAUACUGUAGUUUCAGGCGAAACUACAGUAUGCAGUUGUUUUUAAUUUUCUUUGUUUUAUAUUCAGUGUGGUGUCAAUAAACUGCUUGAAGCCUCUUUUUUAGAUUAAUUGUUCUACAUCUUAUACAGUGAGUUGAGUUGAGUUCCAUGCUUGUAUCCCAUAUUUUUGCAUUCAGGUGAAAGCAAAAAUUAAGUAGGGUCAAAGGUCUCUCAAGGCACCACUGUACUAUUUAUUAUUAUUAUUAUUGUUUUUUUUACAAAUUAACCAAUCAACCAAUUAUCUAACAUAAAUAGAUAUUCUGUGUAAAAGGCACCUGUGGAUAUAAACUGGGUGUGCACUGGUGCUACAGACUGAAAACGCAUCUUAAGUUAUAUUCCCUUCCAUAUUUUUGCCAUAAUGUGUCAAACUUGCUUUGCCGUGUGUGCGGGCAUGAACAUUUACAAGCUGUUAUAUACAUCGGGUAGCGUAGCAGUUAACAUAGCGUGGGAUCAAUUGACAAGCAGAUCAGAUGCAGCGGAGGGCGUUAAGGAAAAGAAAGGAGCCAAGGGAGUUUGAAAAAGGAGGUGUGAUGGGGUGAGCAGUGGAAGGAAGGAGGGGGUGAAGCUCCUGAAAAGACAUAUAAAGGUGAAAGUGGACUUUGGAGCUUCGCAGUCACUUUUGCCGACAGCCACAUCCACUGCUCUCCACCCACCCGCCUCCUCUCCCUCUCCUCCUCAACGCUUCAUUCAUCACAAACCUGCAGCAAAGUCUCUUGGGUUUCCAUUUAUUCCGCCUCAUUAUCAUGGACACAUCGACAAGCAUCUCCGCCGCCAGCGAGGCCCUACGCCGCAUGGUGGUAGUCACGGCGCUGACGCUGGCCAACGUCGUCCACCCGAUGCCCGUGCCGACGGACGUGCCCAUGUGCACCGCCUCUGAAUCCGCCCAGUACAACUUGACUUUUACCGGCAAGUGGACGAGGGCGGCGUUCCCCAAACAGUAUCCCGUGUACCGCCCCCCUGCACAGUGGUCCAACCUUGUUGGCGUGACCCACAGCUCUGACUACCACAUGUGGCAGCGUAAUGGCUUUGCCAGCAAUGGAGUGAGGGAGUUCACGGAGAAAGCCGAAGCUUGGACGCUCAUGAAGGAAGUGGAGCAAGCCGGGGAAGAGAUUCAGAGUGUUUAUGCCAUCUUCUCAGCUCCUGCUGUCGUAGGAGGCACCGGCCAGAGCAGCGCUGUGGUCGAAGUCUUUGCCAGACACUCCUAUCUGUCGUUUAUCGUGCGCCUCAUUCCGAGUCCCGACUGGUUCGUGGGAGCAGACAGUGUGGACCUGUGCGACGGUGACCAGUGGAAAGACAGUUUGUCUCUGGAGCUCUUCCCGUACGACGCUGGGACUGACAGCGGGUUCACGUUCUCCUCUCCUAACUUUGAGACCAUGCCGCAGGACAAAAUCACUGAGAUAACCUCAUCCUUCCCAAGCCACCCCGCAAACUCCUUCUAUUACCCACGCCUGAAGCAUCUCCCACCCAUCGCCAAGGUAACGCUGACCAAGAUAAAGAAGAUGAAUCGGAUAAUUAGCCUCCCGGUGGAACCCACCCAAUCCAACCUGCUGCCAACAGGGAAUGAGAUUGAGGACAACCUCAUAAAAACACCGCUGGACUGCGAGGUGUCAGCGUGGUCUCCCUGGGGCCUGUGCAAGGGCAAGUGCGGUAAAGCUGGCCUGCAGCACCGCACGCGCUACAUCCUCAUGCACCAUGCCAACAACGGCGCCCCUUGCCCCCUGCUGGAGGAGGAACGGAAGUGCAUCCCGGAUAACUGCUUAUGACUAGACCUGGAAAUGAAACAGGAGAAGAAGAAGAGGAACAACGGCGGAGGGAGGAAGGACCGGAAGGUGCGGCAAGGUCGGAAAAGACGGCGGAGGAGAUUCUAUGGGAAAAGGUCCGUGGUUUAGUCGCUUGAGUCAUGAACUGGACCUGCUCAAUUGUGUAAAAAUAAGCUUCUAAUGAAUCCUAAUGAUAGAUCUGAAAUUAAAGGGAAAACUGUACUUUGGUGUUGUCACCUUUAGACAAGAAUCCAAUGUUGCGGGUGAUCAAUAAGUGGCUUUAGGAUGAAUAGAAUGC